CCCAUGCCCGCCUCCUGCCCGGAGCGGGGCGGAGCGGGGCCGGGCAGGCGCCGGCGGCAGCAGCACGAAGAUCUUUGCAACCCUGGUCCUUGACAUGGCACCUGGGAAGCCCGGAAAGAGCACAGGGACCUCGGAGGACCCUUCAGUUACACUUUUCCGGGAGUACCUGAGGAUUGACACAGUCCACCCCAAACCUGACUAUGAUGCAGCCAUCCAGUUUCUGGAGCGCAUUGGCACUGAACUGGGCUUGGCCUGCCAGAAAGUGGAGGUGUGCCAGGGCCGUGUGGUGCUGAUCCUGACCUGGCAGGGCACAAACCCCCGCCUGCGCUCCAUCCUGCUCAACUCCCACACUGACGUCGUGCCUGUCUUUGAGGAGCACUGGACCUACCCGCCCUUUGAGGCUGUUAAGGACUCACAAGGCAACAUCUAUGCCCGGGGUGCCCAGGACAUGAAAUGUGUCUCCAUCCAGUACCUCGAGGCUGUCCGGAGGCUGAAAGCAGAGGGAAAGUGUUUUGCCCGCACCAUCCACCUCACUUUUGUGCCUGAUGAGGAAGUGGGCGGACACAAGGGCAUGGAGAUGUUCGUGCAGCGUCCUGAGUUCAAAGCACUCAAUGUGGGCUUCGCCCUGGAUGAGGGCCUUGCCAGCCCAUCUGACACCUUCAGUGUCUUCUAUGGCGAGAGAAGCCCAUGGUGGAUCAAGGUGAAGUGCAUGGGCAGCCCUGGGCACGGGUCCCGCUUCAUCAGCAACACGGCGGCUGAGAAGAUGCAUAAAGUCAUCAACUCCUUCCUGGCCUUCAGGGAGAGCGAGAAGCAGAGGCUCAAGUCCGACUCAAGCCUGACCCUAGGGGAUGUCACCUCCCUCAACCUGACCAUGCUGGAGGGAGGUGUAUCCUUCAAUGUGGUGCCCUCUGAGAUGGCAGCUGGCUUUGACAUCCGCAUCCCACCCACUGUGGACCUGAAGGCCUUUGAGAAGCAGGUGGCCACGUGGUGCCAGGAUGCUGGCGACGGUGUCACCUAUGAGUUUCACCAGAAAUGCAUGGACCAACACAUCACCUCCACCGAGGAGUCAAACCCAUGGUGGAAAGCCUUCAGUGGAGUCUGCAGGGACAUGAAGCUGCAGUUCAAGCUCGAGAUCUUCCCUGCUGCCACCGACAGCCGCUACAUCCGCGCGGCAGGACACUCUGCUAUCGGCUUCUCACCCAUGAACCGCACCCCGGUGCUGCUCCACGACCACAACGAGUUCCUCAACGAGCAGGUCUUCCUGCGGGGCAUCGACAUCUACGCCCGCCUCCUGCCUGCCCUGGCAUCCCUGCCCCCCCUGCCCACCGAGGCCUGAGUGCCCCAGCCAUGGGCAGGAUGGGGGAUGCCGAGCAGUGGGGAUGCCCGGCUUUUUUAAAAAGGGGGCAGAGGGUGGGCACAGCAAAUGCCAGCCGGCGUGCUGGGGAACCAGCCGGCAUCGUGCCCUGUUGCUGCGCUCAGGGCUGGUGCAGUGGCAAUGCCUGUGCCAUGUCCUGGCUGUGCCCUUGAAAUCUGGGCCACAGCCACCCCCCUGGGGGCUGCGUCCUCCUUGCCCAGGUGCCACCAGAGUCCCAUGCCCAGGUGCCUCCUGCCUUUACUAGUCUUGGCCAUGCCUUCCCCUGUCCCCAUGUCACCUCUGGAUGCAGUGGCUGUGGAGUGAGGGGCUGGCCAGUGCCCCACCCUGCCUGCCUGCACCUCAUCCUGCCUCCCUACCCACUUGCCGGGGGAGCUGGGGCUGCUGCCCUCCAAUCUUCCCCAUGCAAGUCAAUAAAUCUUCGUAAGCACA